AUGUCCUGUCCCGACUGCUUCAGCGGCCACGUGCACGAGGACACUACGCCCAGAGGAACAGUCACCACCUUGCAUGGCCUGAAUGCAUAUGUGACGGAACCGACGUCCACAGAAUCUCCCAUCAAGGGAAUCAUUAUCAUUAUUCCGGAUGCGUUUGGGUGGGAGUUUGUCAAUAAUCGCAUUCUGGCCGAUCAUUAUGCCGAUAAGGGAGGGUAUAAGGUGUAUUUGCCUGAAUUCAUGAAUGGACACGCCGUUCCUGUCUGGACUCUAAACACCCUAUCCGCAAUAAUGAAGACCUCAUCCAUCAUGGACUGGAUAACGAAACCCUACCACAUCGCCUGUGCCAUGUACGCCAUGAUCCCCUUCGUCUACCACAACAAAUUCACCACCUCCUGGCCCACCGUCAAGACAUUCUUCACCGCCGUACGGCGCAACGAAGGCGCCAACCUCCCCAUCGCAGCUGCAGGGUUCUGCUGGGGCGGGUUACACACCGUGUACCUCGCGCACGACAAAGAAGAAGACAAAGUAGAUGGCAAACCCUUAAUCGAUGCCGGUUUCACGGGCCAUCCCAGCAAUCUGACGAUCCCCGCGGAUAUCGAGAAGAUCAAGAUCCCUGUGAGCUUUGCGAUGGCGGAACUGGAUAGUAUGGUGAAAAUGCCACAGAUUCAGCAGAUUGAGAAAGCCGUCGGAGAGAGGGAUGUGGGGGAGGUGAAGAUCUACUAUGGGGCUGGGCAUGGGUUUUGUGUGCGUGCGGAUGUGAUGGUUAAGGAUGUGAGGGCGCAGGCUGAGGAGGCGGAGGAUCAGGCGAUUGCGUGGUUUCAGAAGCAGUUUGCGAAGGUGUCUUAUUGA